CUAGUCUUUAGGAUAGUCCCGGACUUCAAUUUGGGCAGUGUUCUGGUUUCCCUUCAGCUUUUUGGGAUGGGUUCUGAGCUUCGGAUCUCUGAAUUGGGUUCCGAUCUAGCCAUCGCUACGUUCUAGCUUCUGAGUUCUUCAGCAGGAGCUCGGGACUGACAGAAGUGGAGUGUCUGGGUCAGGAACCGCGGGUCUGGGCCGAAAGGAGCCCGCAGGGAGGGGCUCGAAACUCGGUUUUUUCCUCAGUUUGGGCUCCGGGAGACAGACUCAGCUUUCGGACCCCCCGCCCCUCACCAGCCUUUACACUACUAUUGGUCCUUCGGGAACCCUACGGCUGAUGAUUGGCUGAUACGAUUGCCAGUUCUAGUCCCGGGUUUAUUAAGGAGAGCAUCGGUUUCAGGCGGAGGCUCCGGCGUCGGGGCCAGGAGCACUUCAGAUCGUCUUCUCUGACCACUUUGAGGAGAAGGGUCCCCGGGAGGCCCUUGAGGGGAGUGGGCUCUCAAAGCUGUUCCAGAAAGGAUAGAAGACAAUGGCCAAGUUUGCUAUGAACCAGAACCUACCAGACCUGGGAGGCCCCUUUCUAUACAAGGACCAGGAUGGUGGGGCUCGAAGCCCAUACUCAGUGGAGACUCCUUAUGGCUUCCAGUUGGACCUGGAUUUCCUGAAGUAUGUGGAGGAUAUUGAGAGUGGGCAGGGCCUCCGCGGCAGAGCCCCCCUGCCCACCCGUCGACCCCGGGGCCCUCGGCCUUCUGGCCCCCGGAGUCCCCGGAGUCCAGGACCCUGGACCUCCACCGAGUCUUUAGCCAGUGAGGACGGCCGGGUGCCAUCCCAGGGCCUGGGGGAGCCGGGGGGAAGCUUGUCCCUUGCUCCAGGACCUCCCCUCGGUCUUGGUCUCCUGCCACCACCAUCACCUCGCACGGCCUCAGGGAGAAACCUCCGAGUGGAGAAGACCCUACUGGAGACGAGUCGGCGGCUGGCGCAGGAACAGGAGCAGGUACCCGCUGCUCCCGGACUCGGCCCUGGGCCGGGCUGGAAGAGCCCCCUGAGCUCGGGCCGCAGCAGCCCCGCGCCCGCUGCCAGCCCGGCCCAGCUGCAGCACGUCCGGGAGCAGAUGGCGGCUGCUUUGCGACGACUCCGAGAGCUGGAGGGCCAGGUGAGGUCCCUCCCUGCUCUGCAGCAGCAGCUGCGAACCUUACGUGAGGAGAGGGCCCGGCUGAUACAGGCAGGGCACCAGCUGGGCCCCGAGCCCGAGCCCGAGCCCGAGCCGGACGCCGCAGCCCGGCCCGGCAAACUGGCCGAGUUACGCCGGCUGACCGAGAGACUGGCCACGUCAGAGAGGGGGACCAAGGCCCGCGCGCAAGCCCACGGGCCGUCCUGCGACGCGGGCGUGCUGGCGGUGCCCGACACCCGAGAAGUGGGCACCCUGGUGGUGCUGGAGACCCGGGAAGCGGGCGUGGGGGCGGCAUCGGAGACCCGGGAGGCGGGCAUCCUGGCAGCACCCAAGACCUGUGAAGGGGCCAUGCUGGCGGUGCCCGAGACCCACGAGGCGGCCACGUGGGUGACAGAGGAGCUUUUGGGAGUGCCCGCUGCCGCCGAACGGGAGCUAGAGCUGCUGAGGAGCAGCCUGGAGCACCAGCGUGGGGUGAGCGCCUUCCUGCAGGAGCGGCUCCAGGAGCUGGAGGCACCGUCGAGGGCACAGAGACACGAGGCGGCCACGCAGACGCCCGGCCCCCUGGCACGGGGGGCCCUGGCUGACAAGGGCACGCAGGCCGAGCCGGGACCCUGGGAGCCCAGCGUUGCAGAGGCUGCCCCGAGUGGCCACGGGGCUCCAGCUCAGCAGAGCAGGGUCACAGCCCAGCCUGGUACCCUCAGAUCCAUCAUGAAGAAGCGGGAUGGGACGGCGGAGCCCAGCUCUGGUCCUAAGAGCCUGCAGUUUGUGGGCAUCCUCAAUGGAGAGUAUGAGAGCUCCUCAUCCAGUGAGGAGGAAGAGGAGGAAGACAGCGAGUCAGAGCCAGGGGACCCCGAGGACUCCUCAGAUGAGAGCGCCGGCUCUGCCGGCCCUUCCCCCCCUCCCUCCCCAGGGAGUGGUCCUUCUGCUGUCCAGGACCAGCCAGAACCUGCACAUGAUGCCCCUGACAGCCGGGAGAAAUUUGAGCUGAGUCCCCGCCUUAAGGAAGCCUGCCUGGUGCUCCAGAAGCAGCUGAGCCAGCCCAGGGGCGGCCGGGACCGAGAAGGGGCCGCUGGCACGUCACGCCUGGUGCAGCAGGAAUGGUUUCGUGUGUCCAGCCAGAAGCACUCCCGCCCCGGUCCCGUGGCAGCCCUCCUGGCGACUUUGAAAGCACAGUCACCGGCCUUGUUGGCUCAUGUGGUCAACCUGGCUGAUGGGAAUGGCAACUCGGCCCUGCACUACAGCGUCUCCCAUUCCAAUUUUGACAUUGUGCGCCUGCUGCUGGAUACUGGAGUGUGUGAGGUGGAUCAUCAGAACAGAGCAGGGUACACGGCCCUUAUGCUGGCUGCUCUGGCCUCUGUGGAUGGAGAGGAUGACAUGGAUGUAAUUAGGAGGCUAUUCAGCUUGGGAAACGUCAAUGCCAAAGCCAGCCAGGCAGGGCAGACAGCCUUGAUGCUGGCAGUGAGCCAUGGCCGGCAGGAUAUGGUGGCUGCCCUGCUAGCCUGUGGGGCUGAUGUGAACCUGCAAGAUGAGGAAGGCUCCACAGCCCUGAUGUGUGCCAGUGAACAUGGACGUGUGGAGAUGGUAAAGCUCCUUCUGGCCCAGCCAACCUGUGACCAGGCCAUCUUGGACAACGAAGGCACUAGUGCCCUGGCCAUAGCCCUGGAAGCCGGACAGGAGGAAGUUGCUGCCCUGUUGCAUGCACACUUAAGCUCUGCUAAACCAGGGCCUUUGACACCACCAGCUUCUCCUGAUUCUGAUAGCAGCGACACUGACAAGUGUUCUGAGAGCAAGCAGGAGGACCUUGGGCCUAUGUGAUUGGCCACAUCAUCUCCCUGGUCCCAUACCAGCUAAACAUAAUUUGAUGCUCCGUUCUCUUUCUACUAACCCACAUGAGAGGAUAGUCUGAACCUGUAUAGGCUCCCAAUUAGUGGCCCACAAAGCACCUUAAAAUGAAAAACCUUUAUAAAAAGGGGGAGCAGGCACAAUGAAAUUCAGAGGUUCUCAGGAAUGCGAAACUUGAUUGGAAGAUGGAAGUGAAGUAGCUCAGGGAAGGGUGAAAGUCACCCCGCAAUAACUUUGCUUUCCCCAGUUCCAGGCUUUUAACAUGUCAACAAUUCUACAAGAAUAAUCCCAAGAAUUGUCGUCAGCAUUCUUCUCAUGCUGUGAACUUCUAGUUCUUAUUUUCCCCAAGCACCCCAUCCAGCCACCAAGCCAUUCAAAACAAUGUUUCAUUCUUGGUGGCCCUCCAGCCACUACACUCAAGAUUCAGAAAGGGAAAAAGGAUGCUGGCAAUGCAGAGCACACCAAAGCACAGCACUUGUGUCUCACUGGAAGAUCCAUUUCUCUACAAAAGGUCUCUUCAGCUUUGGACCUUACAAGGCAGAACAAGGAUCUACAAUCCUGGGCCUAGAGCAAGGGUUGGAAAUAGCCGGGCCUCAGUGCUGUUGGGAGGGCGGAGGUUCCCAAUACCAUCUGGGAAAACAAAAUUUUCCAAUAAAAAUGAGAUUAUCUGGUUA